UAAAAUUGAUCCAUUCUCAAUCCCUUGGACUUCUAGAUCACAUGUGUGAAGUGAUAAAACAUUCAGAUGGUAUAGACAUGGAAGAUUUAUGUGGUGGAGCCAUUUUCCAAGCUGUCGAGCUAGGGGUUUUCGAGUUUAUUGAUCGUAUAUUCCAAGCAAGUCCAGACCUCGUGUGGAGCAAUAAUCAAAAUAAAAGAAACCCCUUGCAGUUUGCCAUUGAAUGUCGUCAAGAAAGGAUUUAUAGCCUGAUUUAUAGACUCGAUAAAACAGAAAGAAAUGUGAUUGGAAAUCUUGCAGAUACCUCUAACAAUAACAUGCUACAUAUGGCUGCGAUGUUAUCGCCAUUGGCAAAGCUAGAUAAUAUCUCAGGUGCAGCGUUGCAAAUGCAGAGAGAAUUGCAAUGGUUCAAGGAGGUGGAGACUAUUGUACUUCCGAGGAUGAGAGACACUUUAAAUGCGGAGAAUUUGACACCGCGUGCUCUGUUUACCAAGAAUCACAAGGAAUUGGUGAAGGAAGGAGAAAGAUGGAUGAAAGAAACUGCAACUUCUUGUACAGUUGUAGGUGCUCUCAUUAUUACCAUCAUGUUUGCUUCAGCAUUCACAGUCCCUGGUGGAAACAAUGGAGAAACAGGCAUUCCCAUAUUCUUGAAAAAAAAAGUUAUUUAUGGUUUUUAUAGUUUCGGAUGCUAUAUCGUUAUUUUUUUCCACAACUUCAGUGUUGAUGCUUCUGGGAAUCCUUACGUCACGUUAUGCAGAAAAUGA